AUGGAAAAUUUGAGUUCUUCAACCAACGAAAGAUUCGCUGUAACGCCUGCUUUACAAGUGACCGACGAUUCUGGACUGACAUGCUCAGUCACUGGUUCGAGCGAUACCGUGGAUGAGAUUUCUAACCCGUUCUGGCAAUCGCACAGUACCACGCAUAGUGGGGCUCCUAUUUUCAGGCGUAAUGCCGAGCCAAAGCUAAGAUACGGUUCUGGAAGCUACGGUCAGAGAGCCAGCCUUCCGGGGCUUGAUAGAAAUGUCCUGAACCGAGACGGAACAGUCGGCGGAAUAAGAGAUACUCAGUAUCAUGAGCAAAAACUCAAACGCUUGCAACGGGGAAGCGGGAAGGGAAGAUCUCGGAUGCGCUCUUUCGGCUCCAACUCCAAUUAUUCGGGCACCAGAUAUUCCUUCUUUUAUCACUACCUCCAGCCAAAUCUCUAUAAUAUCCUCGAACGCCCGGUGCUUAACAGGCACCACAUCAGUACUUAUUAUCACAUUUAUACGUUUCUCCUUGUUUUUGCAUGUCUCAUCCUCACAAUGUUCAUCACUGGAGAUGUAUACGACGACAACGAAGACCGAAUCUCCUCGACUUCGGAAUACGUGCUGAACAUUCUGGAAAAGAUCAUAAUGGUGCAAUUCACAUUCGAAUACAUCCUUCGUCUCUGGUCGGCUGGCUGUAGAUCAAGGUAUCAAGGUCUACUCGGGCGCCUUCACUUCGCGCGACGGCCUUUUUGCAUCAUCGACUUGAUGGUUGUUAUUGCUUCCUGGAUUCUGAUCUUUGGAAACCUAACGAUCGAGAAGGGUCUCUUCGCCGCUUCCGCUCUCAGAGCACUGCGUUUCCUCCAGAUUAUACGAAUGGUGAGAGUCGAUAGAAGAGGCGGAACAUGGAAACUACUGGGAUCCGUUGUCUAUGCUCACUCCAAGGAACUUUUGACGGCAAUCUAUAUUGCUUUUCUUGUCUUGAUCUUCGUCAGCUACAUCAUCUGGCAAGUUGAGUUUACGACCGAUGAAUGCAAAAUGGCCGCCAAUAGAACAAUCUUUGAGGAUGGAAGUGCUCCGACUUGCCAUUUUUUGACAUUUGGGGACUCCCUCUGGUGGGGUUUUAUAACCCUAACGACGAUUGGUUAUGGAGACAAAGUUCCAGCAACAACAACUGGUCAAGCGAUUGCGUCGUUUUUCGCCGUUGUUGGAAUGGCAUUCUUUGCGUUGCCAGCGGGAAUCCUCGGUACUGGAUUCGCCUUGAAAGUUCAGGAGCAGCAUCGCCAGAAGCACUUUGCGAGACGACGAAACCCAGCUGCGUUGUUGAUACAGGCGGUUUGGAGAAACUACGCAGCCGAUGAAGAGUCAAGCUCAAUAGCUACUUGGAAUCAAGCUAGAACUGCUCUCUGCAAGAAAUCGAUCGAGAAGUCGAAAGAUGAGACCAAAAAUAACAUCAAGAAUCUGUUUUCAUUUUCUCCACAGCUCGCGAGUGAAGACUUGUUUCCUGUUCGCCGCGUUUCUGCUACGAAACAUCAUCAACUCAACUCACCCGGAUUGAAAUCAGACGUAAACCAAAAUGGCAUCACAGAAAUCGACGACGACGAAUAUUUAGCGGCAGACAAUCAGCUGACCGAGAAGCAAAAGAUUGCAUUACGAUUCAUUCGAAUGAUGAAAUUCUGCGUUGCGAAGAGGAAAUUCAAGGAAGCACUGCGGCCUUAUGAUGUCAAAGACGUCAUCGAACAAUACUCUGCUGGCCAUGUUGACAUGCUCGCUCGCGUGAAACUCUUGCAAAACAGAAUGGAAAACAUCCUCGGCGUGGCGUCAACAGUUGAACUUGAUCGAAAAAACGGAUCUUCUGCUGGUUACAUUUCAAGAAGUUCAAUGAAUGGGAGGCUGAUAACUCUCGAAAAGAAGGUUUCCGACAUCGAUGAUAAACUGGACAAGAUCCUUGGCGCACUAAGUUCUCUAAAAGAAGCCCCGAGCGACACUCAAAAUGUCCUUACGAUUCCACCUUCCCCUGUCAGCGAGCGGAGGCCAGUCUUUCAAAAUCGCGUUGCUCCUGAAGUGGCGGUAAUGCUCCCCUCUUCUGAAGAUCCUCAAAACUAA